CCUUUCUUCGGAAAGGCGAAAACAUCCUUUGCCGCGCCACUCCCCCGUUCGUAUAGAAUUCCCCUCCUCUUCCCCCCAACCUAGGGCUCCCCACCGCGCCCAAACCCUAAUUUCCCCCAAAUCUAUACUAACCUUUCGAUCUUAGGCCCUGAAUUCCGACACGAUGAUUUCCGGCGCGACCUAGUUUCGACUGGACCGCUCCGGCUGCUCCUAUCCAUGGAGUUCCACCAUGCCGUCAGGUACGAGAAGGCGUGCCGACUCUCGAACACCACACACUCCGAGAUUGCCCCCUCGCUGUCCCUGCCCUCGCUUCCGGUGUGCUUCGGCUCCGCCGAUCAGAAGCUCGGGCUCUUCGACGAGCCCGUCGGCGCUCCGGCCACUGACCGGCCGGAGGUCCUCACCCACGCCAGUGCGAUCGCGGAAGUCCUCCGGAACUGUGAUGUUAGCUAUCUAAAUCUAAAAGAAAAUGCUCGGACUGUUCCUCACAACCCGGGGGAAUAUUCGAGGUUCUACCGGGAAGUCCUUAAGUACAACCCCGAGGCAUUCGAGUACUCUGUUCGAGGUUCUCUUCAGGAGCAGAGUUGUCAUAAUCAAGUGUUAGAACAGAAACCUUUGGUACAGAAUCAACUCAAUAUUGUUCAAGUACAAAGGGAGCAUUAUAGUGCGAUUAACAACCAUUCCGACAAGAAUGCAGUUCAUGAAUUGCAGGAGAUACCGACUCCUGCUGGUUCAAGAAAACCAAGAAUUAAAAAGAAAGAAGGUGAUUCUGCUCCUUCAUCAUCAGGGCCAGAUCUCCCUGACCAUCAAGAUAUCAUCUCAACCUUCUGUGAGAUGGUGGAAGACUUCUGUGGGAGAGCAGAAGUUCCUGAUGAUAUGGAAGGAGCAGAGGGACCAGCUCUUCCUUUGGCCGAUGUUAAGUUGCUUGUAAAUGAAAUGUCAUCUUCUCGUUCUAAGAAAGUCUUGCAUUUGAUUCCUCUUGAUAUUCUUGUGAGACUUGUAGAUGUUCUAGAUCGUCAGAUUCAGUGUGCUCAAGGUUUGUCAAUUGAUGGGAAUGAAAACCCAGAUAUAGAUGCAGAACAAUUGGUCCUAUGUGCUCUGGAGUCCACUCAUGCAGCUCUAGCAAUUAUGACUCAUCAAGAUAUGCCAAAGCAGCUAUACAAAGAAGAAAUUAUUGAACGAAUAAUUGAUUUCUUGAGGCAUCAAAUCAUGGACAGCAUGGCUGCAUUUAAUCCAUCGUUCCGUAACCUUCAAAAACCAAAUGAAAACGGUGCACUUGAUGGUGAUGAGAAUGAACUUGACGAUAUCGAUAACAGUUCAGUAGGCAAAAGGCGGCGUAAUAUUCGGAGUGUUAGUUUGAAGAAAUCUGUGGGGAACAAGAUUCCAGCAGCAGUUUAUUCAGUGGUUCAGAAACUUUGCUCAAUUUUAGCAUUUCUUAAGGAUCUUCUUUCAGUAGUACGCCUAUCAGAUAGUUGCAUUCUACAGUUAGUCAAAACAAGCUUUUCAACUUUCUUGGUGGAUAAUAUACAGCUCUUGCAAUUAAAGUCGAUAAACUUGAUCUGUGGGGUAUUUGCUUCAUACCCACAACAUAGGAGCUUCUUGAUAGAUGAAACACUUCAGCUUCUACGGAAGUUGCAAUGUUCCAAGCGUGCCCUCAGAGCCUACCAUCUACCAGAUGAGGAGCAGAAGCAGAUUCAGAUGAUAACAGCCUUGUUGAUUCAGUUGGUACAGUUCAGUGCAAACCUCCCUGAAAGCUUGAAGACAACAUCAAAUUGGAAUAACAUUGUAGAUUCCUCAAUUGAUGCGAGUUACCCAACAAAAUGUCAUGAAACUGCAACAGAGGCAUGUUGCCUUUUCUGGACUAGUGUUCUUCAGCGUUUUACUAAUGCUAAAGCGCAGGAUGUCUCCGAGUCGAAGGUGAUUUUAGAAAACCUUGUUAUGGAUCUGCUGACAACCUUGAACUUGCCUGAAUAUCCUGCUUCAGCUUCGAUACUUGAGGUUCUUUGUGUAUUGCUGCUUCAGAAUGCUGGGUUGAAAUCUAAAGAUAUUGCGGCACGGUGCAUGGCUAUUGACCUUUUAGGAAUGAUUGCAGCAAGACUGAAACAUGAUGCUGUCAUUUGCAGCAGCAAUAGGUUUUGGAUCUUAGAAGAAUUGGUUGAUGGAAAAAGUGAUGUUCCCAAUGAUAUGAAGGAUGUAUGUUCUGUUUGUCUAAAUGGGAGAGGUGUGAACAUUGUUUGUCAUGUUUGUCAAAGAUGCUUUCAUGCAGAUUGCAUGGGAGUCUCUGGACAAGAAAUUUUACUCCGGGAUUGGUCUUGUCAUAUCUGUCUUUGCAAAAAGCAGCUGCUUGUUUUACAAUCACACUGCAAGUUACCGAGCAAAGACAAUGGUAAAAGAAAAACACGUACUGCAAGCAACGCUCCUGGAGAUUCUGACUCGACUACCGGGCUGGAAGUUGUUCAACAAAUUCUUUUGAAUUAUCUUCAGGAAACUGGUCCACAAGAUGAUGCAAAUUUGUUUUCUCGCUGGUUCUAUCUUUGCUUGUGGUACAAGGAUGAUCCUCUUGCUCAGGAAAGGAUGAAUUACUAUCUUGCUAGAUUGAAAUCGAAGGAGAUUUUGCGGGAUUCUGGGCAUACUUUAUUGUUGUCAAGAGAUUGGGCUAAAAAGAUAUGCUUAGCAUUGGGUCAAAACAAUUCCUUUUCUAGAGGAUUUGAUAAAAUUCUUUCUCUUCUUUUGGCAAGCUUGAGGGAGAAUUCUCCAGUAUUGAGAGCGAAGGCCUUACGCGCAGUCAGUGCCAUAGUUGAAGCCGAUCCUGAGGUUCUUUGUGAUAAGCGUGUCCAAUGUGCUGUUGAAGGAAGGUUUUGUGACUCCGCAAUCUCUGUUCGUGAAGCUGCUCUAGAACUUGUGGGCAGGCAUAUUGCCUCUCAUCCUGACGUUGGUUUGAAGUACUUUGAAAAGGUUGCUGAACGGAUAAAGGAUAUGGGAGUGAGUGUACGCAAACGUGCCAUUAAAAUUAUUCGUGAUUUAUGUACUUCUAAUUCUAACUUUUCAGAAGCAACACGUGCUUUUAUUGAGAUCAUCUCUCGUGUUAGUGAUGAAGAAUCUAGCAUACAGGACCUAGUAUGCAAGACAUUUUACGAGUUCUGGUUUGAAGAACCGUCUGGAAGUCAGAAACACUUAGUAGCUGAUGGCAGCUCUGUACCUAUGGAAGUGGCAAAAAAGACUGAGCAGAUUGUUGAUAUGUUGAGGAAGAUGCCUAAUCAUCAUCUUCUUGUCACAAUUGUAAAGCGUAACUUAGCACUUGAUUUUCUUCCACAAUCAGCUAAAGCUACUGGGAUUAAUGCGUUUUCUCUGGCAUCUGUACGUAAACGUUGUGAAUUGAUAUGCAAACGUUUAUUGGAAAGAAUCUUGCAGGUAGAAGAGGGAACAAAUGAUGAAACAGAGGUUCGUGCCCUUCCAUAUGUGCUUGCUUUGCAUGCAUUUUGUGUUGUAGAUCCAACCCUCUGCGCACCAGCUACAGACCCAUCUCAGUUUGUUGUGACUCUGCAACCAUACCUAAAGAACCAGGUGGAUAAUAAAUCAAUUGCUCAGUUGCUUGAGAGUAUAAUAUUUGUGAUUGAUGCUGUACUUCCAUUGCUCCGAAAGCCGACGCAAAGUGUUAUUGAGGAACUUGAACAGGAUCUGAAACACAUGAUUGUUCGUCAUUCAUUCCUGACGGUCGUGCAUGCUUGUAUCAAGUGCCUUUGUUCACUUUGUAAAAUAGCUGGCAAAGGAACAGGUUUAGUUGAGCAUCUGAUUCAGAUUUUUUCCAAACAUCUGCAAGGUCCAAAUUUUGAUAAUAAACAGUUAUUGGGGCGUUCUCUUUUUUGUCUUGGGCUUCUCCUUAGGUAUGGCAAUGAAAUAAUGGUUACAUCUGAUAACCAAUGUCUUCAUAUUGUUAAGAGUCUCUCGUUGACGAAAAAAUAUCUGCUUGCUGAGGACUUUGGCUUGAAGACCCGGGCUUUACAGGCGUUAGGUUAUAUAUUGAUUGCUAGGCCUGAGUACAUGUUGGAAAAGGAUAUUGGGAAAAUAUUAGAGAGCUCACUAUCUUCAGGCGCUGAUUCUCGACUAAAGAUGCAAACUUUGCAAAAUCUAUAUGAAUAUCUUCUGGAUGCGGAAAGCCAACUGAGUGCAGACUCUGUCAAUAAGACUGCAACCAAAUAUUCAGAAGACACUGCAAACAAAGUGCCUGAGGCUGCGGGUGCAGGUGACACUAACAUCUGUGGGGGAAUAGUUCAAUUGUAUUGGAAUAGUAUUUUGGAAACAUGCUUGGACAUGAAUGACCAAGUUCGUCAAUCUGCACUUAAGAUUGUAGAAAUUGUACUACGUCAAGGUCUGGUUCAUCCAAUUACAUGUGUUCCAUAUCUUGUAGCACUAGAAACUGAUCCACAGGAGGUGAAUUCAAAGUUGGCCCAUCUCUUGCUCAUGAACAUGAAUGAAAAGUACCCUUCUUUCUUUGAAAGCCGUUUGGGAGAUGGCCUCCAGAUGUCAUAUAAGUUUGUCCAAUCAAUAGCAAGCAACCAUAAUACAGUAUCAGGAAAUGCGAGAGGAAAAUCUGAUGGAAAUCCCAUAGCAUUUGUCAGGCCAGGAAUAUCUCGAAUAUACAGGCUUAUUCGAGGAAAUCGUGUUUCAAGGAACAAAUUUAUGCACUCAAUAGUGCGGAAAUUUGAGUCUGCUGCUUGGAAUUAUUCAUCAGUUAGCUUUCUUCUAUAUUGCACGGAAAUUCUUGCAUUUCUCCCAUUUACUUGCCCUGAUGAGCCUCUUUACUUGAUUUAUGAUAUCAAUCGAGUAAUACAAGUCAGAGCUGGGUCUCUUGAGGCAAAUAUGAAAACCUGGAGUUCCUUCUCACAGCAGCGGGGCUCUAUGAAGUUCCCUAGUGAAAAUCAAAAGGUGGAAGCCGAACCUGGAGUGCAUUAUUUGUCUGAGCAUAUCAUGACGGUGACUCCUGAAAGUAUGUCUAACAAUACAUGUGGUAUUUCAAAAGAAGACCUACAAAAGUUUCAGGCUGAUUGCCAUGAUGCAAUAGCUCUGCAACUCCUCCUAAAGCUGAAAAGACAUUUAAAAAUUGUGUACGGUUUAAAUGAUGCCCGGUGCCAGGCAUUUUCUCUAAAGGAACAUCCAAAGCCUGGAGAGACAAUAUCUAAGCAAAAUAUUCCGUUCAACAUCCAUGAUGCUCCAAUCAAUCUGCCUGCUUCUUAUCAAGACAUGGUUGAAAAAUACCAGGAAUUCAAGAGGUUGCUUAGGGAAGAUACUAUAGACUAUGCAACUUACACAGCUAAUAUCAAGAGGAAACACCCUACUCCAAGAAGUUCUAGAAGUGGAAAAGCUGCACGUGGUAAAGGUGAAGAUGGUGAGGAUGAAGAUGAUGAUGAUGACAACGACUGGACAGGAGGUUCACGAAGGCUUAACUUUAGCAACCAAAAAACCAAUGGUGGCAGGGUUACCAGAUUACGAUGUAAUUAAAACUGAUGCAGCAUUACUGUACAUUAUAGGAUUAUAGUGAGAGAGGAGGGCUGGGGUGGGAAAUUGUUCAAUAGCAUCAAUAGCGGUAACAAGGAAGUUUAAUUGUAGUUAGGGUCUCAUUAAAUCGGGGCACUUGUUGGUCGCUGUCCCCUUUUUUAGUUUUUUUACAUGGUGGUAGCAGGACUGUUCAGCUUGUGCUCCAGUUUCAAAGUAAUGGAAAUCAAUUUUUUCCAGUGUUUUUGCACUGUCCAU